GUAAAUGCUCGUAAGUGGGAAUAGCAAUUUCCCAUUCUGCCAAUAUGGCAUUAGACACACACACACCUGCAGCUCCUCAACGAGUCAACGAUCUCACACAAUGAUAAUGUAACUUUUGUUUUUGUGUACGUGCACCACAGUUUGCAUCUAAAUUGCUCUGCACAUCUGUUGCCAACUGUGUCCACUUCAGUUUAUUGUGCAAUACUCGGAUGUGCACUGUGGAAAACUGUCAUCUGGAGAAAAUUGUUUUAUGGUGUUGGGUUGCAGCUGCGUGCUGAGUGAAUGUAAAGUUCAGCCCUUAUCUCUCAGAGAGCGAGGGGAGGUCAGAGUCAACUGGUAAAGACUCUCCGGGUUGCGUUCAAACCUUCAGACUGAUCUGGUGGAAGAAGAGGGAAAAAGAUGUUACACUGGAGGAGCUCGGCCCUCGUUCUGCUGCUGAGUCUGCACUGGGCCGCUGAGGCUCAGGCUCACAUUUGCCAGGCUCCUGAAAAGAAGUGUGACUUUGUGUGUGACUGUACUGACUGCAGCGAUGAGGAAAACUGUGGCUACAGAGGAAAAGGGUUCGAGUGCGACUUUGAGGAUGCAGGACUGUGUGGAUGGACUGACCAGUCCUUCAGCUCAGCGUACAGCUGGUAUAGACAUCAGGGAGGAGACAUGCGGUCCAACAGCGGGCCGUCCUCUGACUACACCACCGGCACAGCGAUAGGUUGGUUUAUGGGAGUGAGCGCAGUGACGUCAGAGUCUCUCAAUACUGCACUUUUAAUCUCUCCGGAGAUGAGACAGUCUUCACCAACCUGUCGUCUUCGUCUCAGAUAUUUCCUGUGGGACUCAGGUCACACGGGUCUGGGCUCCACACCCUUGUGGGCAUCGGUCAUUCAAAGGAAUUCUCAAGAGGCCCUAGUGUGGCGUCCUGAGGCCACUAGUGUCCGUGGCUGGAGGGAAGCCACCAUCUUCCUGGGACGUAUUGCCACAGCCUUCCAAGUCCAUCUUUACUCACAGCGCUCCAAGGGGCAACAAGGAGAUGUGGCCAUUGACCAACUGGAGUUUUUAGACUGCGCGCUGCCCUUGCCACUCCCUGCCGAGUGUUCGGCUGGGAUGCUGGAGUGCAGGCGCGAGGGCUGCGUGGAGCAGAGGCAGGUCUGUGACGGCAGCGACGACUGUGGCGACGGGACAGAUGAGGAGAACUGCGCUCCAGACGGGUAUCGGCUCUGUGACUUUGAGGGAGGCCUGUGUGACUGGGACCUGAGGUCACUGUCACCGCUGAAAUGGGUGUGGACGAGUCAGCAGAAGCUCUCCAUCACAGGUCCUCUGAUAGGACCAGGCAGGGAUCACUCCAACAACACUGCCUCAGGUCACUUCCUAUAUGUGACUGCUCCUGAUGGUGAGCUCACGGCUGACUGGGCCGCUUUCCAAAGUCCUCUCCUCGAACCCACCAAUAGUUCACAUCCUUGCAAGAUGGUGAUGUACACUCACCAGUUUGGGCCCAGAUCCGGCGGUCUGACGGUGCUGGUUGCUGAUCAUAAGAUCUACCCGGUGUGGGAGAGGGGCGGAGCCCUGGGCGACGUCUGGGUGAAGGCAGAGGUGGAGAUUGUCACCGAAUUCCCUUUCCAGAUCGUAGUAAUGGCAGCAAUCAGGGACUUUGCAUAUGGAGGUAUCGCCGUCGACAGCAUUAUGUUGUCUCCUGAAUGCCGCCCAUCAACUGCAAAUUAUACCAUCCCAAAGUUCCCCAAACCUCCUAAAGACCCGUGUGCUGAACCAGACCAGAUGUGCAACUUCUACCCUGACUGUGCAGGAGCAGAGGAUGAAGCCAAAUGUGGGGAUUUCUCUUACCCUGAGGGCAGCUCAGGCUGGACUGAUACCAGCAUCGGAAAUCAAGGUUGGAUGUAUGAAAACACAGGGGAAUACCUGUAUGUAGCCAAGGCCCCGGGACAACAGCUGACUGAAGCCCAGACACGGACCCCCCUCCUGGGCCCCUCUGGUCCAGCCUGCACCCUCAGCUUUGAUUUUGCAGUAACUGGGAAUCCAGAUCACAUUGGUGAGGUGUCCCUCAGGGUGAUUGACAGCUUGCUGGGCGUGCAGCCUAAACUGUGGGAGUUCAGUGGGAAGACAGGAAUAGGAGAGGCUGAGUGGCAAAAUGCCAGUGUAACUCUUGGAGCCAGAAAACAUCGCUUCCAGCUGGCGUUUGAAGCUCGCGCAGUGAAACUGUGUCCAUGCGCCAAGAUUAAAGUGAAAAACGUUCGUUUUCUCAGCUGUUACGCUGACUAUUUCCCUUCUUCUCCGACAGGACUGUCAUGUAACUUUGAAAAUGACCUGUGUGGAUGGUAUCAGGACAACAGCGACAACUUUGACUGGACGAUGCUCAGUGGGAUGGACCACACCAUCGGGAUCGGCAAAAGCCUUGUUGUGGACAUGUGGAGCCCCUCCCUGCGCGGUUUGUUCGGACGCUUAGUUUCAUUUCCACAGUUACCAAGUUCCACAGAUCAGUGCCUGUCCUUCUUCUACAAACUCUAUGGACCGAACACAGGUGCCCUGAAUGUAAAGCUGUUAGAUAAACACGGUUAUGAGACCGUCCUCUGGACCCGCAGUGGGGCUCAUGGCAACAUGUGGCACGAAACCCACUGCACAGUGCCACAACAGCCCACAGGCUUUCGGCUGAUGUUUGAGGCGGUUCGCUCCGGCUUUGACGGGCAGGUGGCCAUUGAUGAUGUGGCGUUUGUGGCCCGUCCGUGCACCGUGCCACGGAUGUGUUCCUUUGAAGGCCAGCGCUGUGGGUACACCAGCUCUGGUCAAGCUCACUGGCUCCACCGCAGCGGAUACAGCACCACGAUAGCUGGACCCAAAACUGACCACACUCUGGAGACCGAGCUGGGUUUUUACAUGAUGGCUAACACCGCAGCCAACAUUCUCCCCUCCGGCAGCACUGCAGUCCUCACCUCCCCUGUUCGUCAGGGAACCGCCAGGACUGAGUGUGUGCAUUUCUGGUAUCACAUGGGAGGAGUGAAUCCUGGUUCUCUGACGGUGUACAUGAAGCCGGUGAAGGGAGACAGGGUGAAGAUCUUCUCUGACAGUCUGAAUCAAGGAGAUGUCUGGCGCCAUGGCAACGGCAACAUCUCGAGUGCCCUUGUGGACUGGCAGUUGGAGUUUGAGGUGGUUGGAGCUGGAGGCAAAGACACUCACGUUGCAGUUGAUGACAUCUUCCUUUCAGCUCACCCAUGUGAAAGUCAAGGUUCGAGGUGUAACCUGGAGAGAGGGAUGUGCAGCUGGAGCAACACUCAAAACAUUAAAGCUGACAAACUGGACUGGGAGCUGACGAGUCAGGAGGUGGAGCGGCACUACUCCAUCCCAACUGAGGACCACACUCUGGGCACAGAUAGAGGUCACUUCCUGUUCUUACCAAGCAGCAAUCGGACAGCAGGCAAUCAAAACGCUCAGCUGCUGAGCCCUCACCUGCCCCCGACCAAGGGCACCUGCCUGAGAUUCUGGGCCUGGAGACCCCUCUCAUCGGACAGUCGGCUGUGGGUGUGGAGGCUGUCUGAAGGUCGUCUCCAUCAGCUGCUGGUGGUAAAUGACCUGGGAAGACCAUGGAGACGCUUUGACAUCAACAUCACGUCCACUGAGGAAUACCAGAUUGUAUUUGAAGGAAUGAAAGGUACAUCAGGCACUUUGGCUCUGGAUGACAUUGAGUACACCAUUGGGGUCAACUGCGCUAAGGAAGUCACAGAUCCAAUAACCACAAAAAGAUCCGACAACAAAGGAGGGAUGGCAGCGUCUGUCAUCGUGGUCCUGCUGCUGAUCGCCACUUUGGUCGCCCUGCUGUAUUACUACUUACGAAUCCGCCCAGAAGUCCAGGCUAUGACUGGUCCAUCAUCAUCAUCUCCCCCAACUGGUGGUGGUUUCACUAAUCAAUCAUAUGAGCCAGACCUCACACAAGACCGUAUGAAGGUUCCACCAGCACAGAACCAUCCUAUGGAAGCUGGCUUCAAUCAUGUCAAUGAGUCUACUGAUGUCAAAGAGAUGGAGGUGGCGUAAGGCUGGGGGAGCGGUGGUCCUGCCACCUAAAGGUGGCUUUGUGAAAUGAAGGCGAUAUCACAGCAGGAGAACUGCUUGUGUCGCCCUUACAUGACACACACACACACACACACACACACACACACACACGUACACAAAACACACAGCCCACAUGCUGAAACACUGAUGAAGGCCUAAUCAGCGCCGCUGCCUGAGAUCUGGUGGAGCCCUCGAUGGUCGCAGCUCUCUGCCUGAGGACGGACAGAUGGAAGUCAGAAGCAGAACGUCAAACAUGUCAUGGAUGGAAAUUAGCUUAGCUUUAUUUAAAAGUGAGACUGACCAUAACCCAUGAUCGUUUGCAUGCAGAUAUAUAGGAUCUAUUUUGGAUGUGUAAGGUGGUUCCAACAGUAUUGUGCAACUUGACUGAAUCCCCUUUGUCUGGUUUUAGAGGAACUCAGGUUGGGCUUCUAUAUUGUGGUUUAAAUAAGCACUUCUCCAGGUUACUAAUUAUGAUAUGUACUACUCAGCCUGUGAAACCAGUUGUACAAUGUUUUCUGUGGCUCUGGAGGAGCUUCGCCGAAUAUGAGAAAAUGACUCACUCAGUAAGUCAUCACCCAUGUAUCCCAGCUUUACAACAGGAAGCAUGAACUGAGGACAUGGUAUUUGAAUCUUAUGUGAGUUUACCAGGCAGGGCGGAUCUAAUGAAAGAUAUUAACGAGUUGCAUUAUGGGAGUAGAUGGGAUGCUGCUGUUUGGAAAAAGGCUGUAGGACAGCUGUAUUCUGUUGGAUGUGUUGGAGGGUUAACUUUGCUUUGAAACAAGAUAUAAUUGAGCGCUAAUGAUAAAGGAAUUAAAGUUGAGCUC